GGUGUAAGUGAACGCAUCACUUGAGUGUGCAGCCCUGUCCUGUAGCUAGCUAAAAGCUAACACGAAAGUAUCACGUUUUACAGCAAAAACAAACUUAAGAUGGCAGAGAAUGAUGUUGAUAAUGAGCUUUUGGACUAUGAGGAGGAUGAGGAGCCCCAGGGACUCCCUGAGAGCGGUACACCAGCAGGAAAGAAAGAGGUUAAGGGUUCCUAUGUCUCCAUCCACAGCUCUGGCUUCAGAGACUUCCUGCUGAAACCAGAGCUUCUCCGGGCCAUUGUUGACUGUGGUUUUGAGCAUCCUUCAGAAGUUCAGCAUGAGUGUAUUCCUCAGGCGAUCCUUGGGAUGGACAUCCUGUGUCAGGCCAAGUCUGGAAUGGGAAAGACGGCUGUGUUUGUUCUUGCCACGUUGCAGCAGAUCGAACCUGUGGACGGACAGGUGUCUGUCCUUGUGAUGUGCCACACGCGGGAGCUGGCCUUCCAGAUCAGCAAAGAGUACGAGCGUUUCUCCAAGUACAUGCCCACCGUCAAGGUGUCGGUGUUCUUCGGCGGCCUGGCCAUCAAGAAAGACGAGGAAGUCCUGAAGAAGAACUGCCCUCACAUUGUUGUUGGAACUCCAGGACGUACGCUGGCCCUCAUUCGUAACAAGACUCUCAGCGUGAAAAACAUCAAACACUUUGUGCUCGAUGAGUGUGAUAAGAUGCUGGAGCAGCUGGACAUGAGGCGUGACGUUCAGGAAAUCUUCCGACUGACACCCCACGAGAAGCAGGUUAUGAUGUUCAGUGCCACUUUAAGCAAGGAGAUCCGCCCCGUCUGCCGCAAGUUCAUGCAAGAUCCGAUGGAAGUGUUUGUGGAUGACGAGACCAAGCUGACACUUCAUGGAUUACAGCAAUAUUACUGCAAGUUGAAGGACAGCGAGAAGAACCGAAAGCUCUUUGAUCUCCUCGAUGUGCUCGAGUUUAACCAGGUGGUGAUCUUUGUGAAGUCUGUGAAUCGCUGCGUGGCUCUGUCCCAGCUGCUGGUGGAGCAGAACUUUCCUGCUAUUGCAAUCCACAGGGGCAUGGCCCAGGAGGAGAGAUUAUCCCGGUACCAGCAGUUUAAAGACUUCCAAAGGCGGAUUCUGGUGGCAACCAACCUGUUCGGCCGAGGCAUGGAUAUCGAACGAGUCAACAUCGUCUUCAACUACGACAUGCCGGAGGAUUCUGACACAUACCUUCACAGAGUGGCCCGUGCCGGCAGGUUUGGAACCAAAGGUCUGGCCAUCACCUUUGUGUCAGACGAGACCGAUGCCAAGACCCUGAACGAAGUCCAAGAUCGCUUCGAGGUCAAUGUAGCCGAGCUACCUGACGAAAUCGACAUCUCUUCCUACAUUGAACAGUCGAGAUGAGUGAAGUGUCCUGCCACUGAAGACCGUGUGUGAUGUUAGAGGAAGAAAAAAAAACAAAACAAAAAAAAAUUGUUUAAAUAUACUCCUCCCAACGUCUAUGUAGGCAAAUUCAGAAGACAUUAUUUUCUCAUGUCUUUGCAGAGURCUUGUUUUAGUGUUUUCCUUGAUGAAACCAUUGAUUUAUUGUUUUGGUUAAAGAAAUAAAUUUGUUUUGUAACUUA